GGAAGCUCAGUCCUCUCAGCUUCAUCAAAGACAAACUGAACACAUGGAAACAGAAGCUGAUGGAGCGGAUUGUGGAGGACCAGAACCAGACAGGAAGUUAGAUCCAGAAAGACAUCCAGGACCAGAUACUGAUGAGACUGAGGACAGUGCUGAUUGGGAGGAGACUCAGGAACCUCAGUCAGAUGUGAACCCUCAAAACAAAGAAGUACCUGUAAGUGAUGUGAACUGUAGUACUGGAAAUACAUCAAUCAGCUCUCCUGAAUGUGCUGGAAGCUUUGACCACAAGGGACAUCUGGAGAAACCCACUAGCUCCAAAACAGGAGAGAAACCAUUUCAAUGCUCACUUUGUGACAAAAGAUUUGGAUUCAAUAAGUAUCUGAAGAUACACAUGCCUGUCCACACAGAAGAGAAACAAUUUCAAUGCUCACUUUGUGGCAACAGAUUUGGAUCCACUCACGUUCUAAAGAGACACAUGGCUUUCCACACAGGAGAGAAACCAUUUAGUUGUUCUGUGUGUAGUAAAACAUUUAAACAAAAGGGACAACUGAAUUCUCACAUGAAUGUCCACACAGGAGAGAAACCAUUUAGUUGUUCUGUGUGUAGUAAAACAUUUAAACAAAAGGGACAACUGAAUUCUCACAUGGCCGUCCACACAGGAGAGAAAACAUUUAGUUGUUCUGUGUGCAGUAAAACAUUUUCACAUAAGGGACACCUGAACUAUCACAUGUUUGUCCACACAGGAGAGAAACCAUUUAGUUGUUCAGUGUGCAGUAAAACAUUUACACAAAAGGGACCCCUGAACUAUCACAUGUUUGUCCACACAGGAGAGAAACCAUUUAGUUGUUCAGUGUGUAGUAAAACAUUUACACAUAAGGGAAAGCUGAACGCUCACAUGACUGUCCACACAGGAGAGAAACCAUUUAGUUGUUCUGUGUGCAGUAAAACAUUUACACAAAAGGGAACCCUGAACUAUCACAUGUUUUACCACACAGGAAAGAAACCAAUUAAAAACACAUUCUGAAACAACAUUUAAUUAUCCACACUAGAGAAACUAAUUAGUCGUGGAGUUUCUCAACAAGAUUCUCUUUUCUCGGUUAUUCCAAAAAUC